GUGACUGAUCCAGAAGCUUCUGCACCAUGGGUGUCUCUGCACUGAGCCUCACCAGACUCUUGGGUGGAAUCUCAGGGUUCCUCCAGCUGGCCUCCCUGCUUGGCCUGCUUCUGCUGUUCUUCAAGGUUGUCCAGUUCUACCUGCACAGGCAGUGGCUGCUCAAAGCCUUCCAGCAGUUUCCAUCCCCGCCCUCCCACUGGCUCUUUGGGCACAAGUUCCAAAAGGACCAGGAGCUACAACAGACUCUGUCAUGGGCAGAGAAGUUCCCCAGUGCCUUUCCCCGCUGGUUCUGGGGUAGCAGAGCUCGCAUCGUUAUCUAUGACCCUGACUACAUGAAGGUGAUUCUUGGGAGAUCAGAUCCAAAGGCACCUGGUACCUACAGAUUCCUGGCUCCCUGGAUUGGGUAUGGUUUGCUCCUGUUGAAUGAGCAGACAUGGUUCCAGCACCGGCGAAUGUUGACCCCAGCCUUCCACUAUGAAAUCCUGAAGCCCUAUGUGGGAAUUGUGGCUGACUCUGUCCGAGUGAUGCUGGACAAAUGGGGGAAACACAUCGACCAGGACUCCCCACUGGAGAUCUUUCAACACAUCUCCUUGAUGACCCUGGACUCCAUCAUGAAAUGUGCCUUCAGUUACCAAGGCAGUGUCCAGCUGGACAGGAACUCCCAGUCCUACAUCAAAGUCAUUGGGGACAUGAACAACCUGUUUUUUGACCGCAUGAGAAAUGCUUUUCACCAGAAUGAUAUCAUCUACAGUCUGUCCUCUGAUGGCCGCUCAUUCCGCCGUGCCUGCAAGCUUGCCCAUGAGCACACAGAUAAAGUGAUCAGGCAGAGAAAGGCUCAGCUGCAGGAUGAAGAAGAACUGGAGAAGGUCAGGAGAAAGAGGCACUUGGAUUUCCUGGACAUCCUCCUGUUUGCCAAAAUGGAGAAUGGAAGCAGCCUGUCUAAUAAGGACCUGAGUGCAGAGGUGGACACCUUCAUGUUUGAGGGCCAUGACACCACGGCCAGUGGUAUCUCCUGGAUCUUCUAUGCUCUGGCCACACACCCUGAGCAUCAGCAGAAGUGCAGGGAGGAGGUCCAGAGCCUCCUGGGGGACGGAUCCUCCAUCACCUGGGACCACAUGGACCAGAUGCCCUACACCACCAUGUGUAUCAAGGAAGCCCUGAGGCUCUAUCCACCAGUACCAGUUGUUGUCAGAGAACUCAAAACACCUGUCACCUUCCCUGAUGGACGUUCUUUACCCAAAGGUGUCCCAGUCGUACUGUCCUUUUAUGGCCUUCACCACAACUCAAAAGUGUGGCCAAACCCAGAGGUGUAUGACCCUUUCCGGUUUGCACCCGAUUCUACCCGACACAGCCACUCCUUCUUGCCUUUCUCAGGAGGAGCCAGGAACUGCAUUGGGAAACUAUUUGCCAUGAAUGAGAUGAAGGUGGCUGUGGCCCUGACCCUGCUCCGCUUUGAGCUGCUGCCAGAUCCCACCAGGAUCCCCUUUCUCAUACCACAACUUGUAUUGAAGUCCAAGAAUGGGAUCCACCUGCGUCUCAGAAAACUCCACUAACCCUGUUUUGGGAUCAGAAAUCCAAAAUGGGCAUCACGGAGAGAAGUUGUGGAUGUGACCAGCCUUCCUCUGCAGGGUUUAGAGAGAAUCUUUACCCUUGACUUCUCAGUCUCAAGCUGCAUUCCUUGCUUUCCUCUGUACUGGAUCCCUUGUCCUUCUUUGAAGCCAGCAUAGUUUUCAAACUUCUUUCUCUUACUGUUUUCACAUUUCCUUCCAGUUUAUAUGGAACCUUGUAAUUAUAUCAAGCCCAUCCAGGUGAUCCAAUGUAAUUUCUUCAUCUCAAGAUCCUUUACUUAAUUAAAACUUGAGUUCCUUUUGACGUAUGGGAUAAAAUAUUCAUGGGUUCUAAAGUUUAGUACUUGAGCAACAUUAGAAGCCAGUAAUGAACCUAGCAGAGUCCUUCCCCAAAUGGCACCUCACCUGUCUAUCUAAACCUCUCCUGAAUGCUUCCUAUCUACCUGAUUUUCUUUCACACAUGCCUCUCCAUCUCCCUGCAAUAAAGUUCCCAAUGUCA